AUGACGAAAAUUGCUCUCUUCGGCUCCACGGGCCAGAUAUGCCGGGCCAUUCUGUUGGCUUUGCUUACUACGACACCACAUGAGAUCGCCUCAAUCGACCAACCUUCAUCCGAAAACAAGGCAAAAGAGAUCGAUGUCUGUGAAGAGGAGAAGAAACGCCUCAAGACUGCUGGGAUCAAUAUAUUGGAAGCAGUCGGAUAUGGCAUGCACCUGCUUCACACAGAUGAGAACGGGCGUGGAGUUCUACACCCUACAUGGAACAUAAAGGAAGAUGGCAACCGCAAAGCCCUUCAUCACCCACCCAUUUCUGCGGGACAGAGAGCCAGUUUGGUGUCCCUGGACCCAGCUGGACGCGCCGUCUAUACCCUGCACAUUCUAGGCGAUGCUGAUGCGGCUGUCGACUUCACACAUAUUGAUAACCUCGCCGCAUUCGUAGUAUUCACUAUUGACAGCCCUGAUGUUGCGGGAAACAAGUCGCUAAACAUCGUCAGUGACCGUAUCAGCUACAACGAGCUGACCACCUUAUUAGAGAAGUACUCAAAGAAGAAGUAG